AUGUCUCUUCUGGGCUACCCUGGGCUUUGCAGUGCCACAUCCCACAGGACUCAUUGUUACAUCCCAGUGACUUCUGUUGCUCUUUGCUCCAGUGAUGUAAACUCUACCUUUGGACACUAUUUACCCAGUAGCUACCAAGGCAAUCUCUGGCUCCUGGACCACUGCCAAGAAUCCUACUGUGAAGUGCCAAGCUGUGAAUCUCCGAGCUGUGAGCCCAAGACCUGUACCACAGAUUGUGACUCCACAAACUCCUGUGUGCCCUGCAACUCCCCAUCCACAGGCCAAGUCAUCAGUGCCUGUGAAACUACCAACAUCAAAUCUGGCCCCAGCUGCAGCCCAUGUACUUGGACCAAGGGGUACGUAUCCAAUUGCUACAGGCCUGCUCGAUAUCCUUCCAGAGCUUGCCACACACUCCUCAAUGGCUCCAACUGCUUUGGGCAACUCAACUAUUUACCUAAGAAUUUUCGUCCUUUAAACAGCUACUGCCCGCUGGGUAGUUUGAAGUAUAGAAGCUACCAAGAUCCUGGUUUCAUCUCCAGGGGCUUCUCACCAUCAUGUUAUAUUGCCAGCAGCUACCAACCCCUAAGUUAUUUAAUGAGAAAUUGCCAGUAUCCAAAUUAUGGGUCUAUGAGUUACCGACCACUGAGCUAUUUAUCUAGAAACUUCCGAUCUCUGAGCUGUGUACCCAGUACCUUUCCACCUCUGAGGUAUUUAUGCAGUGGCAGCAGACCUUUGAAUUGCUAUUGA